UACAUAGUGCGCAAUAUGUGAAUAAUUUUAUUAUUUUUUGAAACUUUUCAGAAUUUACCAUAAUAAUAUGGCUAAACAUAUUAUUUUAAAUACAAAAAGAAUCCUAAAAUUAACAACAUUUAUUACAAUAAACGUAUUUUUACUCUUUACUCUAAAUUAUAUCAAAUCCUAUAGAAAUUCCGGUAACCUAAAAACUAUCCUUCUAUGGACUCCACGUAAAUGUCCUGACUGUUAUCCUUUUGAACAUUUCUCAAGUGGUUCCACAGUUUUUGAGAACAACAACUGCAAGUACCAAAACUGCUAUAUCGACAAUAGAACCAACUCGAAUAAACCAGAGGAGUUAUAUGAUGCGAUUCUGUUUAACGGUAGACCAAUCCUCUACAUGAGACCAAAUCAGCUGCCACGCAAAAGAAACCCAAAUCAAAGAUACAUUUUCCUCCAACUAGAAUCGAACUACAGGUACCCAGUAUGUCAAGAAUACUAUGAUAAUUUUUUCAAUUGGACUAUAACCUACCGCCUUGAUUCUACGAUUCCUUGGCCGUAUUUUUUAGUCAAAGAUAUGGAUUACAGAACUAUUGGUCCAAGCGUAGACAUGAAGUGGAUGGAUGAAAGACACUUGGGUGAAAUAGAUGAAAGCCUUAAAGGAAAAUUAAGAAAUAAGACAAAAUUGGCAGCGAUGUUUGUUAGUUUUUGCCGCGACACCAGUGGAAGACUGAAAUUUGUAAACAGGACCAGGAAAAUACUACAAAGAUACCAUUACGACAUUGAUAUUUAUGGAUACUGCGGAUCAUUAAGUUGCCCGAAACUGCAAACAAAAUCCUGCGACAAUAUUGUUAAUAAACACUACAAGUUCUAUUUGGCAUUCGAGAAUAGUUUUUCCGAAGACUAUAUUACUGAGAAAGCUUUGCGGGCUUUACAGAAUAAUGCGGUUCCUAUCGUUUAUGGUGGUUCCAACUACAAAAGGUUUCUUCCACCACUCUCAUACAUAGACGCCUUACACCUAGGAGCAGCUAGGCUAGCGGACCUCAUGCUAGAUGUAUCCCGGGACGAAACCAAACUCUUUGACUAUUUCAAGUGGAGGAACCAGUACAGUUACAAAGACAACACGGCUGGUGAAGAGGUGAUGUGCCAGCUCUGUGCCAGACUGAAUGAGGAUGAGGGGAGAGACACGUAUCCAGAGUUCAGAAAGUGGUGGAACCAUCGGGAAACUAACUGCAAUAUGACACAUUUGAUUCAUAGAUUGUUUUGAAGUUCGAUUGUUUCUUGGGAUUUUGCCUGCUCUAUCCCGCUGACCACUAUUUUCUCUGAUAUACAAUCCGAUGUGAAUAUCAAGCAAAUGAAGACAAUUCUACUAUGGGUAAACAACCGCU